CGCGGUCCUCGUCCGGCUCCCAAUUCCAACGGCUCGGCUGUGCACACAAGGAGUUAAGUGGGUGGAGCCGCACAGAGAAAGAAACCAGCCAGGGAGAAAGAGGCGGAGGCGGAUCGCUCGCUCUCCCUGCCGCCAGCCAGCUGCCAGGGCUGUCCCCCGCCCUUGCCCCGUCGAUGCUGGGGGAGCCCCAGUGCCCAGCUGGUAGAGGUCCCGGGGCGCUUCGGCCGGUGGCGGGAGCAGCAUGGAGGGCCUGCUGUCCGUCAUCCUGGGGCUGCUGAGCCUCUGGUUCACCCUGGCCUUCCUAAUGAUCGUCCUGCCUUCGAUCUUCGGCUUGUCCUUGGGGAUCUCGGAGCUGUACAUCAAAAUCCUGGUGAAGACGUUAGAGUGGGCUACUCUGCGAAUUCAAAAAGGAAUAAGAGAAAAGCGGGCAGAAGUCCAGAAAAUUCCCAGUUCAAAUGUUAUCAUACAGAGAGAUCACACCACAAUGGAAGAGGCUAUCGCAGGCCUGCGCCGAGGGGACUUCGAACUCUCCGAUGCAUUCUAUUACUGUAAAAAAGGAUUAGAAGCAAUCGUGGAAGACGAGGUCACCCAAAGAUUCACAUCGGAGGAGCUGGUCUCCUGGAACCUCCUCACCAGGACCAAUAUCAACUUCCACUACAUCAGUUUACGGCUGACUGUGGUGUGGGUUAUUGGGGUCUUUGUGCGGUAUUGUCUCCUGCUUCCUCUUCGUGUCACCUUGGCAACCAUUGGGAUCCUCUCCAUGAUUGUGGGCACCACCCUUGUGGGGAAGCUGCCAAACAGCGAAACCAAAAACUGGCUGAGUGACCUGGUCCACCUCACAUGCUCCCGGAUCCUUGUGAGAGCGUUGUCUGGCACCAUUUAUUACCAUAACAAGCAGAACAAACCCCAGAAAGGAGGCAUUUGUGUUGCCAACCACACAUCUCCAAUAGAUGUUAUAAUACUUACCAACGAUGGCUGUUACGCAAUGGUUGGCCAAGCUCAUGGGGGUCUUAUGGGUGUGAUUCAAAGAGCCACUGUCAAGGCCUGUCCACAUGUCUGGUUUGAACGCUCCGAAAUGAAGGAUCGCCACCUAGUGACGAAAAGACUGAGAGAACACGUAGCAGACAAGAACAAACUGCCAAUUCUCAUUUUCCCAGAGGGCACAUGUAUCAACAACACCUCUGUCAUGAUGUUUAAAAAGGGAAGUUUUGAAAUAGGUGGAACCAUUUACCCGGUGGCCAUCAAGUAUGACCCCCAGUUUGGCGAUGCCUUCUGGAACAGCAGCAAGUAUGGGAUAGUGAGCUACCUCCUGCGAAUAAUGACGAGUUGGGCGAUUGUCUGCAACGUGUGGUAUCUGCCACCCGUGACGAGAGAGGAAGGAGAGGACGCUGUUCACUUUGCCAACCGGGUGAAGUCCGCCAUCGCUCGCCAAGGAGGACUCACCGAAUUAUCCUGGGAUGGAGGCUUGAAAAGAGCGAAAGUGAAGGACACUUACAAGCAGGAGGAGCAGAAAAACUACAGUAUGAUGAUCAUUGGAAAUGGGUCAUCGGCACGUGGAUCAGUAGCGGCGGACUGAUUUUUUCUUCUCCCCAGCGGAGAUUUCUCAUGCCUCAAUAUAAAAAGUGUGGAUUUCUUCCCUAGUAGAAACAGAAUAAAACGCCACGCACAGGCAGUGAAGGACAUUGUUUUGUUUUCUUAAAACUGUGAUUUCUUUUUUUUAUGAAGGUGCGCUGUUGUUCACAGGCAAAUUCCAGCUCCUGACAUCUGCACAGGAGAACCGGACUGAAGCUUUCAGGAGGACAGGAAAAUCCCAGUGUUUCAAAAGGAGCUACAACGUUUUGAACCUUUGCCCCAAAGGAUGUACAUAAUAGUAAAAAAAAAAAUCAAGUUGUUUAGUUGUGCUUGAAUGAAUCCUCCUUUCCGGUCACACGGAUGGGUGUGUUUGUUGAUUGUUAGCAUGUUUGAAUAGAUGGUCUUACAUUUCCAAGGUUAUUUUGAUGGGUGCUUCUGUUGGGGGGGGGGUGCUGUGUGGUUGAAAUAACUUUGUUUUGGGGAAGGAAUAAGUAGCUUGGCGUUCACAGGCCGAAUGGUGUGAGAACUAGAUGGGUGAUAUCCUUGAAAAUUGGAACGAGGAACUUGAAGGGUCUACAGAGAUUGUGUGUUGUGUAGGAAAAAAACCUCAUCUGUUAAAAAAAAGUGUCCGGAACAAUGUUUAAAACAGCAUUGGGGGGAUGUUUGGUUGUUUUUUCUGCACAAGGGAAAACGGUGAAUAAUAGAUUUAGACCCUCCAGACUUGCACAUCAGUCUUCCUCCGUAAUAGUAAAAUCCCUAAAAGUCAAAGGAAAAAGGGAAAAAAUGAAAAUAAAUGCUUAUUAAAAUGCACUUCUCUCACGAAUUGUGUUGGCAACAGCUUAUAUGUAUAUCUGUCAUUUGUUGUAUGAGAAAUAUGUUGCCUUAUUGUAAAUUGAAAUAAAAAUUCUAUAU